AUGGGCUCCUCCAUUCAACCCCGUCUAUACAUCUUAGAUACCGACCUAUCAAACUUCCCUCAUCCCCAAGGCCGUAUCCUAUCAUGCAACACAGACGGCAGCGAUCUGUACACAGUCUUUGACCAAAUGGCGACAAUGCCAGACGGCAUCACAAUCGAUCACCAGAAAGGCCUCAUGUACUGGACAAAUAUGGGCCCAACAUUCAAGUCCAACGACGGAUCCAUCGAACGUUCACGACUGGACGGCUCGGAAAGAACCACCAUAGUCAAGACUGGAACCAUUGGCGUUUACACCCCCAAGCAGAUCACCCUUGCUCGACAAAGCCAAAAGCUGUACUGGUGUGAUCGAGAAGGAAUGAAGGUUAUGAGAUGUAAUCUCGACGGAUCAGAUUUCGAGGUUCUUGUCUCAACUGGCUCACCCGUGGAAGAUAAAGACGAUUUGCAUCGAUGGUGCGUGGGUAUCACAGUAGACGAAACAAGCGGCUACUUUUACUGGUCACAGAAAGGCCCACCCAAGGGUUCCCAAGGACGCAUCUUCCGCGCCAGGAUAGACAACCCGGCUCAGACCGAGGUGGUCCUUAGCGGUCUCCCAGAGCCCAUCGACCUGGAGAUUGACGAGGAGUCUCAGAUGCUGUACUGGACCGACCGAGGAGACCCACCAAAGGGAAAUUCGCUAAACAGAGCAUUCGUCGGCAACUCAACGACUGAAACUCCUCAACCGGAAAUCCUCGCCAAGCGUUUCCACGAAACCAUUGGGCUAGCGCUGGAUAAGAGUGUUUCGGUGGCUUAUGUCACUGACUUAUCAGGAGGUGUUUACGCUGUUGAUCUGAAGACGAAGACAAAGACUGUCUUGUUUCCUGAGUUAGGAGAUAUCACAGGAAUCGCUUUAGCUUAG